AUGCCCAACGACCAAAAACAGAGCGAAGGUUCGUUCGUUCCGGCUGAAGAAGGCCAAAAGUCUUUAGGUGAUAGUGGAGGCAACUCAGCAGCCGCUGAUCAAGUGUUUUCCAUGUUUAAGGAUUUUUUUGAGAAAAAAUUAGAAGAAAAAGAAAAGCAAAUCGAGCAAAGGAGUAAGUUAGAUAAAGAAGUUGUAUAGCUAAAGUUCAAAGGGAACCAGAAAAAAUUUGAGCUUAAUGUCGAAUUAGAUGCCAUUUUUGAAAUCGAAAGUGAAAGCAUCGAGCCAAAUUUGUCGCAAAUCAAGAAAACUUUCCGAAGAAGGCAGGCAACGUAUUCGAAAGCGACAGAAGCUGAUAAAAAUCGCUGAUAAAAGUAGGGACGGCUGGCAGGUUGUAGCCGAGUAAGAGUCGGAGGAGCUUGCAUCCGGCUCCGAAGAUGAGAAGCGUCGUAAGGACGGUGCCCACUAUUGUUACUGCGCACAUUUUCUGCGCAUGCCAAGGUAGUCGCGCGCGACGCGAGAGAACUGCGCAACACUUCACUUUCUGUUUUCGCUCUCUUUCAUGGGUUGUUGCUCUCUCUGACUGUCAGCCAUUGUGGAUAUCCCAGAGUACUCCGCGUUGAGUGAAGCAAUAGUGAAACUGACCGACUGACUGAGGGGAUGGGAAAAAUGUAAAUAACCCCCAAAGAGAUUAAGUUAAGGUCAAAACCAACCAAUUUAACUUCUAAAAACGCGCGGUAACCCCUACCUUUUAUAUUACCAAAUGAAAGUAAUAAGCCUACUCACUAGGAAACGAUCAAUUUUUGGCUCGGGGAAAAUGUCCUUUACACUAUUUUUUAAGGCAAACGCGUGGAGAGGGGUAACUGCUGAUAACUUCCUAGCUGUGGUGAUAUUUCAAAAAACGACGUAUGAGGAGCAGUUGUUAUGUUAUCAUUUGUCGCUUAUUUUGAAACCUUGUUACAAUUAUCAUUGCAUUUGUGCCACUUUACAUGUACGCUCUGAACUUGAGGAAAAAAAAUUAUCAUUUUUAAAAAAAAUGCCUAUUAAGCGUUUUUCUCCAUAUCUCUGAAAAAUGUGUGGUUACCCCCAGUUUUCGUUUUGGAUUUCAAUAGCUGCUGAUACGAUCUACUUGUCUCACAUAGUCAUUAUCUGGGAAAAAAUACUUCCCAUUAGUGGGCACCGUCCUUAAGAAAGCAAGAGAAGCGGCGAGCCGCAAGAGACGUCAAAAGGAACAACUCUCCAGUGAUCGCGGAAAGAAACCAAGAAUUGCUUUGGGCGCUGAUAAUCAGCUUUUUCGUGGUAAGAAAAAGAGCCUUCUCUUUGCUUUGUAUAUUCAUAUGUGUUUUGGAUCCGCUUGCGCAUCCUACCAUAUUUCUCGUGUGAUUUGUUUGUAUUACGGGAAUCAGUUAAAGGGUAAAAUGAUUUACGUUAGAUUGAGCGAAGCGAAUUAGAACGUAAAUGUAUUCCCCGCUGUUAUUCCAAGUAAUUAGUCGCAGUUGUUUUCGUUUCGCACCUGCCGCACCCUGUAUUAUCAUUAGUACUUAUAUUCUCCGCUGUCUCUUGAUUACCAUUCACGCUCGCGGUUCCAUACAGUUAAUUUAUCAUUCUGGUUCCCCCCCCCCCCCCCGUUUACUACAGGUUUCGUCGUUGCUUUUAUCUUUCAGGCCAUAGAGACGCUUCUGGCGACUUCUUUCGCUGUUUCAAAUGCGGCAAAUUUGGACACUGGGCCAAGGACUGUAGAUCCAUGUUCUGGUCGGGAAGCUACCAGUCCCCUAGAUACAGUUCUUGCCCUGGAAUCUUCUACAACAAGCCAACCGCAGGCCAAUCAAUUUAGCCAAAGCAUUGAAGAUGACUUGGGGCAGAUAGAUCAAAUUGCACAGGAUUACGAACUUAAAAGUGGACAUUCAUUAAGUGUUAAGGGUAAUUUGAAGAAUAAUUUAGGUUUCUGGAGAUCUAUAGCUGCUCCGGAUUUUAUUUUGUCUAUUAUUGAAAACGGCUACAGUCUGCCGUUCAUCAGUUUUCCGUUGGCCGUAAAACUAAAUAAAUAAUAAAUCAGCUCGACUUCAUGCUGGUUUUGUGGACCAAGCUGUCCCUGAGCUUGUUAACUCUGGUCGGGUGCGUAUGGUUAAUGAGCAGCCUUUUGUUGUAAAUCUCUUGUCAGCUAUACAGCCAUGCGGUAAGAAGAGGUUAAUUCUUGAUUUGCGCCAUGUCAAUAAGUCAUUUAUUAAGCAAAGUGUUAAGUAA